AAGCAAAUCGAGGAUUGUCUGGGCUCCUCAAAGGCCUCCAGCAAUGCUUGUUACAACUGUCUUCGCCGGCAGUGCUCUGCUCGGAGCAUGCUCCCACUGGGCAUUUUUUGUACGUGGGGAGUGGGAGGCAAAGCUACCAGGGCUCGUGCUUGUGGGAGCACUGCUAGAGGCCACAGUGGCCCUGUAUUUGGUGCGGUGGUCCGGUGCUUGGACGCUGGAGUUUGGGCUAUCACUGGCUGCUGUGAACAUUGGUUAUAUGGGCGGACUCAUGAGCUCCAUCGCUAUUUAUCGGCUUUGCUUCCACAGGCUUCGUGCAUUCCCUGGCCCAGUACCGGCGCGGUUGAGUGUGAUCUGGUCAACAUACAAGACUGUUCCGCACUUCCAAUUCUAUCGGGUCGUGCAGCAACUGCACAAGAAACACGGCGACUUUGUUCGAAUCAGACCUCGCGAGAUCUCUAUUUGCAAUGCGGACGCUGUCAACGAGAUCCACGCGUCGGGUAGCCCGUUUAUCAAGGGUCCGUUUUACGAUGUGACUGCACCGUCUCGGUCUCUCUUGACGAUCCGUUACAAGGGCGAGCAUUCCCAGAGACGGCGGCUCUGGGCUAGAGCUUUUACCUCCAAUGCUCUUGGAGAAUACGAGCCACGUGUAACGGAACAUUGCAUGGAUCUAGUCCGCCAGCUGUUAGCAAGAUCAGGCCAGCCGGUUGACGUCCCCCGCUGGAUCAGUUAUUUUGGAUACGACGUGAUGGGGGACCUGGUGUUUGGCAAGCCGUUCGACAUGAUUAAGACUGCCGGCGAUCACUUUAUCUUCGAGCAUUUUGAAAACCAGCAGGUUGCCACCGGCUUACUACUGACCAUUCCGUGGCUAUUCAUCCUAUUCCUGCGAUUACGCGGAGUUGGCCAGGUACAGUCGAGUUGGAUCGGCUGGUGCGCUGAGCAAAUGGAGAAGCGCCGCAAGGCCGACCGAUCUCGCAAGGACCUCUUCUCCUUCAUACUGGGCGAGGCGGCCGGGACAUCCAAGGUGGCAGCACAGCUAUCCGAGAGCGACCUAGUGUUAGAGUCGGAGCUGGCCAUUAUCGGAGGCAGUAAUACGACUGCAACCAGCGUCACGGCGAUGCUGUUUCUCCUCGCACGCCAUCCAGAGAAGCUACAUCGCUUACAGCAGGAGCUUGAUCAGCUGUUCGCCCCGGGCGAGGAGGUGUCACACCGGCGCCUGGCCACCGACGCUCCUUUUCUGAACGGGUGCAUCAACGAGACCCUCCGCUUAUACCCAGUUGUGCCUGGUGGGCUCCAGAGAGUUACACCUCCAGAGGGCGCCAGCAUUGCGGGCCACUGGAUCCCCGGUGACACGGUGAUUUCAACUCCUACAUUCGGCUUGCAUCGAGAUUCUCGAUACUUUGCGCAGCCUGAGAGCUUUAUUCCCGAGCGGUGGUCGUCGCAGCCCUCCCUUGUCCGCAACAAAGACGCGUUUAAUCCUUUCCUCAUUGGGACUUAUUCCUGUAUCGGGAAGAACCUGGCGUAUCUCGAGAUGAGGCUGCUGGGGUACUACCUGGUCCGCAAAUUGAGUUUUUCUUUCCCGCCAGGCGACAGUGAUGGGGUUGAUCCUAUUUGGCUCCUUGAUCAGCCUGGGGGAUUCUCCGAUUACCUUUCUGCAAGCGCCGCCCCGUUCAAUUUGGUGUUUACACCGCGAGAUGGAGAGCAUACAACUGACAGCGCGCCCGCCGAUAUGGCAGGACUUGCCCUUUGAGAAGACGCACCUCGACGCCGGUCGGACUAGGAGAUUUGGGAAUAAAAUUGCGUUGAGCUGGUCCUUGUAGUUAACAUAAUUAAUGUUCGCGUUAUUAUCCCUAUCAGUAUGUGAAUCCCUGCAUGUCUGAUGUAAUCAGCGCACCUGGAAAAUCAGCAGUGACAGUCCG